CUGUGUGAUAAAGUGGAGGUUUUCGGCCCGGGUUGACACCCAGAUGAAAGCAUUCAUGAAAGGAUUCAAUGCCCUCAUCCCACAAGCCCAGCUACAGAUAUUUGAUGAAAAUGAGGUUGAGUUGCUAAUGUGUGGCCUUCAGGACAUUGACGUCAAUAAUUGGAAACAGAACACAGCAUACAAAGGGGAAUACAAUCAAAACCACCCAGUCAUCAUCAAUUUCUGGAAGGCUGUGUAUUCAUUCAAUAAUGAAAUGCGGGCAAGGCUUUUGCAGUUUGUAACUGGCACAUCCAGGGUUCCCAUGAACGGGUUUGCAGAAUUGUAUGGCAGCAAUGGGCCCCAGCUUUUCACAAUUGAGAAGUGGGGUAACAUAAACCAGUUUCCUCGUGCUCACACUUGCUUCAACCGGUUGGAUCUGCCACCAUAUGUCACUUACCAAGAACUGAGAAGUAAGCUAGUGACAGCCAUUGAAAACACACAAGGAUUUGAGGGCGUUGACUGA